AGAACUACUUGUCUUCUCAGCCGACUAUUCAGCAUAAUUUCCCGUGGGGUGAUUUGCCUGUCACAUAAACUGAGUAAAUCCACAGUAGCACUAACCUGCAGCUGCAUUGGCAGACAGGUGAGCCAGGCAACCAAAGGCACCAUGCUCCCCGUGUUUUCAGGAAAGUUAUGUCAGUUUCUUAGCCUAACUCGAUUACCUUCUAUUCUGUUCCUUGGAGUUUUUUAUGUUGCCUAUGUCCUUGUUGGAGGGCUGGUCUUCUGGAAACUAGAAGGAUGGUAUGUGUUGCAACAGAUUGAUCUUCUCAAGGAGAAAAGAAUUAAACUACUCGAGAAGUACCCUUGUAUGGGUCAGAAUGGCCUCCGAGAACUAGCAGAGAUGAUAAAAGCAGCGUCCGUGAGUGGCUUGAGUCCCGACAGUAAUGACACUGCAGAUGGCUUCUGGAAAUUUACCAGCUCAUCUGUGUUUGCGGCGACAGUGGUCACAACUAUUGGCUAUGGUAACAUCAUUCCACUGACAACGGCUGGUCAGAUCUUCUGUGUGUUGUUUGCUCUUUUUGGCAUUCCCCUUAAUGUAGUGAUCUUAAAUAGAGUUGGAAAAUACAUGUUGGCUAUUGAGAGGAAUUUUUGCAAUUUUCUGGAGAAAAAAAUUGAUAGAGGGAAAUGUGUCAGAAUAUCCAUUCACAGUAUAUCCUUCGUAAGUUCAGCGUUACUGUACUUUUUGGUUCCUAUGUUGCUCUUCAAAGAAUAUGAGGGAUGGAGUUACGCUGAAGCCAUUUACUACUGCUUUAUAACACUUAGCACUAUUGGAUUUGGAGAUUAUGUUGCAGAUCACAACCCAGCGAUAGUCUACCCAGAGUGGUACAGUUGUAUGAUGGCAGCCUGGAUAUUCUUUGGCCUGGCUUGGCUGGCUCUUCUCAUCAAUCACUGUAUUGAUUUACUGGAGACUGUGAAUGCUUACCUGAGAGGAAGGAAAGAUGCACAAAAUCAAGUGGAGGAGCCCAAAGAACAGCCGAAAAAAGGACUGAAAGUGGAAGAAACAUGAUAAUUGAAUUUAAAACAGGAGGUGUAUGAAUAAUACUGUAACUACUAAUCCUCAAACAAUGUAUGGGUAAUUAUUAAAUUUAGUUAUUCAAUGUUUAAAGUAUCCUUAAAUAUUAAACUGAGCUAAAGGUCAGUGGUCAGUUUAUUGUUAAAGCCAUCAAGAAAUUUGAGCAUCACUUGUCUGACUGAUGAUGGGUCUCAUUCACUAAGCAUGCGUACGCACGAGUUUGUGUGUGAAAUCUGUGUAUAAACGUUUUCAUGAACAAAUCAUGAUUUAUUAAAAACGUUCAUUAAAAUGUAUUCUAAAUUUACAAAAAAAUUUGGAACAACUGAAAUCUAAUCACACGUACACACACACACGCACACACACACACACACAUACACAUAAUCUAGAAAUAUAUUUUAAUAUUUUCAUGUUUCAGUUUUCAUGUGUAAAUAUUCAUAAGGCCACUAAAAGUA